AUGAAGUAUCCGAAAUUGCAGAAGCAGAGCAGCUGAUUGAAAACUUGGACUAAAAGUUAAAUCAAAUGCGCCGAGAAUACAAACUUACAACGUUAAAGUGGAUCGAUACACGUUCACAAAUCGAUCAUCUAAACAAUCGGAAAUCAAGCAUUUCAUACAGAUUGGAGUGGCAAACGAGGAUGUUGUUGGAUCACCUGCAACUUCAGUUGCAUAAGCUUCACUUAGCCAGCAACAUUCCUCAUAAACACAAAGGACAACCAAAUCACACUCGAGGCUUUCGAAGCUGGAUUUCACAUGGAAGAAGUAAUUUGGCCGUAGAAAGGAAGCUCAUAAAAGAAGUGGUUAGAAGCCAACACAGAGUCAUGAAUGAUCUUGAUUUAAGCAGCAGCUCAUUACAAGAACAAAUUGAAGAAUUUACUAGUUGGCUUAGUUGGGGGAAUAUAGACAAGUCCAGGUAUACCCAGAUGCUUGAAAAGCUCAAACAAAUUGAAGAGAAAAAAGAGAGCUUUGGCUGAUUCUGCUAAAGAAUCCAACAUUUUCAUCCCCUCAACUCAGAGAAAUGACAUCAAGGAGCAAAUCGA